AUGGGUCCCAAAGGCACAGCAGAAGUCGUCCCGCCGUCCAAGGCAUCGGAGCCGUCAGAGCCGUCGGACAUCAGGCCGGAGGAAAAGCCGAAAGAGCAACUCACAGGAGAGCAGGAGGAGAACCCCCAGGUCACCGCGCAUAGGAAGGGGGAGCAAGCCGCUGACCACGGCCGCGGCUCCUCGCGCAACCAGUCCAAGGGGAGCAAGACGCUGCCUGGCGGCGCGGAGAAGCCUCAACCGAAGCUAUCCCUUUUUGUUCAAUGUUGA